GCGCCUCCGCCCGGCCCGGAUCAGGGGACGCGGGCACAGCGACCAGGCCGGCCCCCCCGCCGUCUGCUGCCGCUCGUCCCGCAGCACCGCGGCCGCCGAGCUCGGGGAGCGCCGCUGACCGGGGUCGCCCGCUCGGGCCCGGCUGGCCCCGCGGCGAGGGAGGCAGGGAGGGAGGGAAGGGGGCGCGCAGGUAGCGGGGCGACCGCGCCCCGGCCCGAGCCCCUGUGGGGGCGGGGGCCGUCGGGGCGGCCCGGCCUCCCCCCCUGCCCUCCCUUCCCCCGGCGCCCGCGGGGAGGAUGGUGAUGGUGCAGCCGCCCGCAGCCCCCGAGCCGGGCCGGGGCCGCCCUCCGCACGGGCUGAGGGGAUGAGCCGUGCCCCGCCGGGGGGUCACUAGCGGAACCAUGACCACUCCCGCCCUGCUGCCGCUCUCCGGGCGGAGGCUGCCCCCGCUCAACCUGGGGGCCUCCGCCUUCCCGCACCACAGGGCUACCUUGAGACUCUCGGAAAAAUUUAUCCUGCUCCUUAUUCUUAGUGCCUUCAUCACCCUGUGCUUCGGGGCGUUCUUCUUCCUCCCCGACUCCUCGAAGCACAAGCGCUUUGACCUGGGCUUGGAGGAUGUGCUCAUUCCCCACGUGGACACCAGCAAAGGGGGCAAGAACCUCGGCGGCUUCCUUAUCCACGGGCAAGGGCACGACGAGCACCGGCACAGAGAAGAAGAGGAACGUCUGAGAAAUAAGAUCCGAGCAGAUCAUGAAAAGGCUCUGGAAGAGGCAAAGGAGAAAUUGAAGAAAUCACGGGAUGAGAUUCAAGCUGAGAUUCAGACAGAAAAGAACAAAGUAGUACAAGAAUUGAAAAAGAAAGACAGCAARCCACUGCCCCCUGUUCCUUUACCAAACCUGGUGGGGAUAAACAGUGGAGAACCAGCAGACCCAGAUAUCCGAGAGAAGAGGAACAAAGUGAAAGAGAUGAUGAAGCAUGCCUGGGACAAUUACAGGCAAUAUGGAUGGGGACAUAAUGAGCUCAAACCAAUUGCCCGGAAAGGACAUUCCACCAACAUAUUUGGAAACUCACAAAUGGGUGCUACCAUAGUMGAUGCAUUGGAUACUCUUUAUAUCAUGGGCCUUCACGAUGAAUUCAGAGAAGGACAAGAAUGGAUUGACAAAAAUCUUGAUUUCAGUGUGAAUUCUGAAGUGUCUGUUUUUGAGGUCAAYAUUCGCUUCAUUGGUGGUCUUCUAGCAGCAUACUAUCUUUCUGGACAAGAGGUUUUCAAGAUCAAAGCAGUACAACUGGCAGGAAAACUUCUGCCAGCCUUCAACACACCUACGGGUAUACCAUGGGCAAUGGUGAAUCUCAAAAGUGGUGUUGGUCGAAACUGGGGCUGGGCUUCUGCUGGCAGCAGCAUCCUUGCUGAGUUUGGCACUUUGCACAUGGAAUUUGUCCACCUCAGCUAUUUGACAGGGGAYCCUGUAUAUUACAAUAAGGUCAUGCACAUUCGGAAGUUACUUCAAAAAAUGGAUCGUCCCAAUGGACUUUAUCCAAAUUAUUUGAACCCAAGAACAGGCCGGUGGGGUCAGCAUCACACAUCCGUGGGCGGGCUGGGAGACAGUUUUUAUGAAUAUUUAUUGAAAGCCUGGCUUAUGUCAGACAAGAUGGACACGGAGGCAAGGAAAAUGUACGACGAUGCAAUUGAGGCCAUAGAAAAACAUCUCAUCAGAAAGUCCAACGGAGGCCUGACCUUCAUUGGGGAGUGGAAGAACGGGCACCUGGARAGAAAGAUGGGCCAUUUGACCUGUUUUGCAGGGGGAAUGUUUGCCCUCGGAGCAGAUGGSUCCAGAGAUGAUAAAGCUGGACAUUAUUUGCAGCUGGGAGCUGAAAUUGCACAUACAUGUCACGAGUCAUAUGACAGGACAACACUAAAGCUGGGCCCAGAAGCUUUCAAAUUUGAUGGUGGCGUGGAGGCGGUGGCAGUACGGCAAAAUGAGAAAUAUUACAUCCUGAGACCAGAGGUGAUUGAGACCUACUGGUACAUGUGGAGAUUCACCCACGACCCCAAAUACAGGCAGUGGGGCUGGGAGGCAACACAGGCUAUUGAUAAGUAUUGCCGAGUUAGUGGUGGCUUUUCUGGUGUCAAGGAUGUCUAUUCCUCAUCUCCUACAUACGACGACGUACAGCAAAGCUUUUUCCUGGCUGAAACUUUGAAGUAUUUGUACCUGCUUUUCUCCAAUGAUGAUCUCCUACCAUUAGACAACUGGGUUUUUAACACAGAAGCUCAUCCUCUGCCUGUUUUACAUUUAGCCAACACCACACUGUCAGGAAAUCCUGCAUAUCGAUAAAAAACAGCUCUGGGAAGAGGAAGAGAGACUUUUCAGCUCUGUUUUGUUUACAUGGACCACUUGAGACUUUAAGCAGGAGAGGAGACAGACAGACACUUGGUAACCUAGACCCCUGAGUCAAGCAGUAUUGGCAUGGGAAACGAAGCUCUUCAAGAUAUAAAUAAGUUAAAAGUUCUGUUUUAUAAAUGACCAAAACACGUUGAGUGUGAUUUUUGCAGGAUGAAGACUUCACAUGCUUUGAACCCUGGCAAGACAUGGAAUCCACUGAUCAAUUGAUGCAGCAGCACAAAGAAGAGGAUUUGCCACCCAGAAAAAGGAAUUUGCUGUUGCAAGGAACAACACACAGUCACCUCUUCAACUUGGGUGGGUUCCAAAUACCUAGCUUUUCUUUUUCUUUUUUCUUCCUUUUUCUUUUUUCUUUUUUUUUUCUUUUUUAUGGCAUGAACAAAGCAACAACAAAAAGCAACACCACUGCACCAGCAGCAUCAGGAUUUGAAUUUUCUUUCUGUACCUGUCUGAAUUUUCUAAGGAGCAUCUGUUUAUCCAGACUGGCAGCCAUUCUCAGAGCCUCUACACUGUUAGAGCUAAAGUAUAAAAAGUAUUGCCUCCUCAUUUUCCCUUUUAAAAAAAAUGCUUAUAUCCAACAAGAAAAAAACAAUUAAUAAGCMUUUGGUUUGUAAUUCACUGUCAGCAGAGUGGGUUUAGUUAAUCUGGCAAACUCAGAGUCUGGAGCAUAUCASAGGAGUAGGAAGGAGUUUCCCUUUCUCACAAAUUAUGUCACAUGAAAAAAAAAUUCUCUUCUUAGUCCUGGUUCUUUUAGCUAAAUAAACAGAAAUGACAACAUGAGAAUAAGAGUUUCAUGAUUUCUAUAGGGGGUUACAGUAUAUGGAACUAUAAGAAGUUUCCCUUGAACUAAGCAGUGUUUGCUGCUUUGU